AUGAGUGUCGCCUACGAGCCGCGCGCCUUUCUCAACGACUCGGCAUAUAGCGAUCUCGACGGCGGACGCGACGACCAGCAUUUCACCGACAAUGACAUGGAUCACUUGAGUCACUACACAACCGAACCGGGCAUGCUCUCGGAGGAGCGCGACGUCAUGGGGGAUGAGGUUGACCUGAUGAACGACCACAUACAGGAGAGACAUUCGCCAACCAUAGUCGAAUUGCCCGCAGACUUCUCAUCGCCGUUGCAAACAACCGCGCCCGCGCCAGACGAUGUUGUCGACACAGCGGAGCCGACACCAGAGGCUGAGGAGGACUCUAGUGUAGAGCCACGCGGACGGCGUGUGGCCAACAAGAUCAAGCCCGCGCGCGAUGUGCGCAAGGGUGAUGAUGGCAAAUACCACUGCCCGAGAAAGGACUGCGAGGAUGAUGUUCGAUCGUUCAGCCGCAAGUGCGAGUGGAACAAACACAUGGACAAGCACGAACGGCCGUACCGAUGCAAGGCUGCCGGCUGCGAAGCCUUACCCGGCUUCACGUACUCGGGUGGUUUACUGCGUCACGAGCGCGAGGUGCACGGCAAACAUGGCGGGCCGCGACAGACGUUCAACUGCCCUCACCUGAACUGCAAGAGGCACACUGGCAAGGGCUUCUCGCGACAGGAGAACCUCAACGAGCACCUGCGACGCGUGCAUACUGACGGCACGGGACAGGCGACACCGCCAGCCGAGAUACCCACGCCUCCCGCAGCCGACGUCGACAACGAGAGCGAGAGAUCCGGAUCGAAACGAAAAAGACGGUCGAGUGAUAUCAGCGCCGGCGACGAGAUGGCUGGGCUCCGUCACGAGAAUAAGCGGCUGUGCGAACGCGUCGCGGAACUGGAGGCCAAGAUGGAGCAACGGGACCGCGACCUUGAGGACAAAGAUCGCGAGCUCGAGCAGCGCAACUCGGACAGCUUGUCGCUCAUGGCUCAGAUCGCUGAGCUGCAGCAGGCUCUGCGUAGUGGCAUGAGCACCAGUCUCAGCGCGCCGACGGCGCAAAUGUUAUAG